GAGCAGCGGGUGCCGAUGGCUUCCGAGGCCGUGAGUGGCGUGCGGGCCCGGGCGCAGCCGCCGGCCAAGGGCAGGAGGCAGCCCCCGGCCAAGAGCGCACCCCCCGCGGCCAGCGACGCCGACGAUGGGGACGACUCUUUCCUCUUCGAGGCCCACGAGGCCUGGAAGGAUUUCCACGGCUCUCUGCUCCGCUUCUACGAGAACGGGGAGCUCUGUGACGUCACCCUGAAGGUGGGGCCCAAGCUCAUCCCCUGCCACCGGCUGGUGCUGGCCUGCGUCAUCCCCUACUUCCGCGCCAUGUUCCUGUCGGAGAUGGCCGAGGCCCGGCAGGCGCGGGUGGAGAUCCGGGACCUGGACGGGGACGCGCUGCAGGACCUGGUGCGCUUCGCCUACGCCUCGCGCCUGCGGCUGACGGUGGACAACGUGCAGCCGCUGCUCUUCGCCGCCUGCAUCCUGCAGCUGGAGCCCGUGGCGCGCGCCUGCUGCGGCUUCAUGGCCCUGCACCUGCACCCGUCCAACUGCCUGGCCGUGCGCGCCUUCGCCGAGAGCCACCACCGCACCGACCUCAUGGCCGCGGCCGACCAGUUCGCCUGCGCGCACUUCCCCGAGGUGGUGGAGUGCGAGGACUUCGCGGGCGUCUCCCCGCAGCACCUGCGCCGGCUGCUGGCCUCCAGCGACCUCAACGUGGCCGACGAGACGCAGGUCUACGCCGCGGCCAUCAAGUGGCUCCUGGCCAACCCGCAGCACCACUCCGAGUGGCUGGACGAGACCCUGGCGCAGGUCCGUCUGCCGCUGCUGCCGAUCGACUACCUCAUGGGCGUGGUGGCGAAGGAGCAGAUUGUCAAGCAGAACCUGAAGUGUCGAGAUCUGCUGGACGAAGCGAGGAAUUACCACCUGCACCUGAGCAGCAGGGCGGUGCCCGACUUCGAGUACUCCAUCCGGACCACCCCGAGGAAGCAGACGGCGGGUGUGCUGUUCUGUGUCGGUGGCCGAGGGGGCGCUGGCGACCCCUUCCGCAGCAUUGAGUGUUACUCCAUCAACAGGGACAGCUGGUUCUUCGGGCCGGAAAUGAACAGCCGAAGGCGCCACGUGGGAGUCAUCUCUGUGGAAGGUAAAGUGUACGCCGUGGGCGGCCACGACGGGAACGAGCACUUGGGCAGCAUGGAGGUGUUCGACCCGCUCACCAACAAGUGGAUGAUGAAGGCCUCGAUGAACACAAAGAGGCGUGGGAUCGCCCUGGCGACCCUGGGGGGCCCCAUCUACGCCAUCGGGGGCCUGGACGACAACACCUGCUUCAGCGACGUGGAGCGCUACGACAUCGAGUCGGACCAGUGGAGCGCGGUGGCGCCCAUGAACGCCCCCCGGGGUGGGGUCGGCUCCGCGGCCCUGGCGAGCCACGUCUACGCGGUGGGCGGCAAUGACGGGGUGGCCUCGCUCUCCAGCGUGGAGCGCUACGACCCGCACCUGGACAAGUGGACCGAGGUCAAGGCCAUGGGGCAGCGCAGGGCAGGCAACGGCGUCAGCGAGCUGCACGGCUGCUUGUAUGUGGUCGGCGGGUUCGACGACAACUCUCCGCUGAGCUCUGUGGAGCGCUACGACCCUCGGACCAACAAGUGGGACCAAGUGGCCGCGCUCACCACGCCCCGGGGCGGCGUGGGCAUCGCCACCGUCAUGGGCAGGAUCUUCGCCGUGGGUGGCCACAACGGCAACUCCUACCUGAACACGGUGGAGGCCUUUGACCCCGGGCUCAACAGGUGGGAGCUCGUCGGGUCCGUGUCUCACUGCCGGGCCGGGGCAGGCGUGGCCGUGUGCGCCUGCCUCACCAGCCAGAUCCGCGACGUCGGCCACGGAGCCAGUAACGUGGUAGACUGCAUGUGAUGGGGCUCAGGCCGGACAUGGGGCCGGAUGGCGGUGACGACCCGGACGCAGGGUGAAUGGGCACCAGGGUCUCGCUUCAAUAGGAGACGUCGUGUCGUGGCAACCGGCACCCUCUGGAGCGGAGCUGGAGAGAGAGACGCAGGAUCGAGUCAGACUUGGCACUUUCCACGUAGCAGGUAUUGGAGCAGGGAAGGAAGGAAGCGUGCGUAGUCUGAAGCUGCCCCUUCUCUGGAAGGUGUAUAAAGUAGCCCUGAGGCCUUGGGAUCUCUUUAAAA